GACAUGAGGGUCUCUGGGACAGUGCAGGUGGUAGGAAGGGAGAAGGUGUGUGGCUCAGCCAGCAGAGGUGGACCCUGUCCCUUUGCAUAUACCCACAGGUGGCUGGCAUGCCGCCUGGCCAUCACCUGGUGCCGGCAGAAGCUGCAGGCAGAGCUGAAGAUUGGCUCCUUUGGCUUCUUCUGGGCACAGAACAUCAGCCUCAAGUUCCAGCAGGAGCAGCAGACAGUGGAAAUUGACAACAUCUGGAUCUCCAGUAAACUGAGCCGUGAGCUCCCACGCUACUUUGAGCUGUGUUUUGGUGAAGUGCGAAUCCGCACAGAUCUGCUGAAGAGCCAUGGGCUCCAGCCAUCCUUCCCUGAGGCUCCCAAAGAAGCUGAUGAUGGCAAGAACAAAGCAGACCUGGCCCUUAAAUCAUCCUUGCUGCGGCUCCUUAGCCAGCUCUUUUCCAUCCACAUGGACUCCAUCAACAUCAUGGUUCUACAUGUGGCCACCUCAGAGUCUCUCUGGCACAUCCAGGCCAGCAAGACACGUCUUCUCCUCAAUGGUGAUGGGAAGAGCCUGAAGUGUGAGGUGAACCUGACGAAGGUCAGCAGCAAAGUGCUGCGGAGCAGCCAGCAGGAUGACACGUGCCUGGCAGAGCUGGCCCUGGCACUCUCCAUCUCACUGGAGAUCAGCAGCAAGCAGCGACUGGUGGGCGUCACGCUGGGUGUCCGGACCCUGCAGGCAGAGCUGCACGAGGGGCUUUUCUGCAGCCCUCUGUUGCACCGUGUGACAGCCAGAGCCCCUCAGCCUAGCCCAGACUCAGCAGAGUCCCUGAAAUCCCCGUCCCUGCUGAGCAGGGACACACUGCAGCUCAUCCCCAGGAGGAUGGAUGUGAAGUUGGAGAGCACCAGCGUGGUGCUGUCUAUGAACAGCCAGAAGAGGCACCUCACCUGGAGCCUGAAGCUGCUGCAGUUUCUAUAUCAGCGUGAAGAGGAGCAGAUCCCACUGCGCAACUUCACACCCACCUCAGAUCUGGACCAAAUGAGUGUAGACCUCCAUCUGGAGGAUGGCCUUCUCCUGUCCCAGAGCCGCCAGCGCAUUGUGUGCCUCAACUCCCUGAAGACCAGCGUGCAGGUCACAGCCAUUGACCUCUCAGCUGCUGUGCUACUCAACACCUGCAUCAUCCACUACCGCCACCAAGAGUUUUCGCACUGGCUGGGCCUGUUGACACAGGAACACAGGCAGCAUUCGGCACCUGUCCCCAGCCAAGGGCACAAGGGAAGGAACUAUCCCCAAAUCAUAGCACCCGUCAUACUGAGUGCCUCGCUGUCCAAUGUCAAUGUGUCGGUGCAACUGGGGGAUACUCCACCCUUUGCUUUGGGCUUCAACUCCAUCUCUGCAGACUACCAGCACCUGCGUCCCCAGAGCGUGCACCAGCGAGUCGUGCUGGUUGUGGACCACCUUUGCUGGCGUGUGGGCAAUGACUCGCACAUCCAGCGUGCCCCCCACCCCCCCAACAUGCACGUGUGGGGGGAAGCCCUCAUCCUUGACUCCUUCAACCUGCAGGGCAGCUACAACCAGCCCUUGGGCAUGUCCAGUGCCCAGUCAGACACACUCUUUUUGGACUGCACCAUCCGAGGGCUACAAGUGGAGUCAUCAGACACCUGCACCGAGUGCCUGGCCAGGGUCCUGUCCCUAUUCUGCCCACAGCCCAGUGGAGCUGAGCUUGCUGAGCAACCAUCUUCUGUCCAGAGUGAGCCCUGGAUACUGCUCUGGAAGGUAGAUCUGAAGGUGGAGGAUGUAAAUCUUUUCACACUCUCAGCAGUGGUGGGUGCCCUGGAGCUGCGGCUGGACACGUUGACUGUCCUGGGGAGUGCUGAGAGCUGCACAGUCAGUGCCCAGGGCAUGGUGCUGGCCUUGGUGAAGAGCAUUACGGAGAAGAUGCAGCCAUGCUGCAAAGCUCCCGCCAUCCCCAACCCUGUAGCCAACCUCUCCAUGCUCUCCAUCACCUACCACAGCAGCAUCCGCUCCCUGGAGGUGCAGUGCGGUGAGGGGCUGGCGGUGCUGUGGAGCCCACCUGACCACAUGCACCUGUACCAUCACACUCUGGCCACCCUGCAGUGCCUCGAAGCCUUGAGGAGUGCCCUCAGCCAUGGGACACCUCCCUCCCUAUCCCCAGAGAGCCCAGCGUCCCCUAUGGUCAGCCCUCCUGAGACAUUAGAACUCCUCCAGGCAGACGGGGCUCCUCCCAAAAGACUCCUGUCUCUGUCGCUGGAGCUGAGCUCUGCCAAGGUCACCGCCUUUGUUUCUGAGGCCAACUACAUCAGCCUGGCUGCCGAACGGACCUCUGUGAGCUGGCACGGCGGUGCUCUGCACGGCUACUGCCCUGAGCUGGCAGCCGGCUUUGAUGGACACAGCAUCUUCAGCUUCAAGGAGGUGGAGGUGAAGCUGCUGCCAGAACUGGAGGAGGUCAUCUUGCACCGUUGCGCCUUCCCCACCCUGCACACACUCCGCAACCGCGGCUGGGCUUUCUCCUUCGCCAGCGUGACCAUUGAGUUCCCCUACCAGUACGACUUCUCCCGCACGCUGGACGCGGCCGUGGGUGUGCAGAAAUGGUUGAAGGGUUUGCACCGGCGUGGGCGCCCUGCCAGCACGGCUCUGCCUCCCGACCUCCUGCUCAAAGUGACGCACUUCUCCUGCGUCUUCCUGGACGAUGUCUUCGAGGUCAAGUUACGGGACAAUUACGAGCUGAUGAAGGAUGAGAGCAAAGAAAGUGCCAAGCGUUUGCAGCUGCUGGAUGCCAAAGUGGCUGCGCUGCGCAAACAGCACGGCGAGCUGCUGCCUGCCCGCAAGAUCGAGGAGCUCUAUGCCUCGCUGGAGAAGAAGAACAUUGAGAUCUACAUCCAGCGCUCGCGGCGUCUCUAUGCCAACACACCCAUGCGGAGGGCUCUCCUCACCUGGACCUUGGCCCACCUGGAGCUGGUGGCCAUGGCUGACGAGUCUUUCCACGGCACGGAGCGCGUCGUCGAGCAGAUGAGGGACAUCGACAGCGUCAGCCCGUUCCCCCCCGAGGGGCUGGAGAUGGUCACCCAGUGGUGCCGCAUGAUGAAAGGCAGCGUCAGCAGCUUCUUUGUGCGGAUCCGUGACUACCCACGCUACCUCUUUGAGAUCCGGAACUGGCAGCUCUCAGGGCGGCUGAUCGGAGCUGAGCAGUGUGGCCAGGCCUGCUCCCGGCGCCGCCAGGUCCUGAAGCUGGGGCUGCCCUGGGGAGAUGCGAUGGUGGAGAGGAACAUGCCUCCCCUAAAGUUCUACCACGACUUCCACUCUGAGAUCUCCCAGUUCACCAUUGUGUGGGGGCCCUGCUGGGACCCAGCCUGGACCCUGAUCAGCCAGUGUGUGGAUCUGCUCACCAAGCCCACAGAAGACCCCAGUGCCCCGUUGCCUUGGUGGGACAAGAGCCGCCUUCUUUUCCACGGGGACUGGCACAUGGACAUCGAGCAGGCCAACCUGCACCAGCUGGCCACUGAGGACCCCUACAACACCACGGAGAACAUGCACUGGGAGUGGAGCCACCUCUCCUUCCAUUGGAAGCCUGGACAGUUUGUCUUCAAGGGCAGCCUAGACAUCAAUGUCCGGACAGCUUCCAAAUAUGAUGACUGCUGCUUCCUGCACCUGCCCGACCUGUGCAUGACGCUGGACAUGCAGUGGCUGUGCCACGGGAACCCCCACGACCACCAUGGUGUGGUGCUGCGCUCCCCUGAGUUCCUGCCCGAGGUGCCAGUGGGGCAGCAGUACGACUCCUACCGUGCCUUCCGCUCUGAGAACCUCAACCUCUCCAUCCGGAUGGACCUGACACGGCCCAGUGAGGAGCACUCCCAGCCCCGGAUCCUGCUCUACAGCAGCACGCUCCGCUGGAUGCAGAAUUUCUGGGCCACGUGGACCAGCGUGACGCGUCCUAUCUGCCGUGGGAAGCUCUUCAACAACAUGAAGCCCAGUAAGAAGAAGUUGGGGCAGCAUUACAAGCAGCUGUCUUACACUGCGCUCUUCCCCCAGCUGCAGGCAAGUCUUGGGGAUUGGUUGCUGGUGUUAUUUCCCUCUCUGUCCAGCUCUCAGCACCUGCUGUCUGCUCCCUUACAGGUACAUUACUGGGCCUCCUUUGCCCAGCAGCGGGGGAUCCAGGUGGAGUGCUGCCAGGGGCACAUCUUCACUCGUGGCACGCAGCGGCUGAUCCCACAAGCCGGCACGGUGAUGCGACGCCUCAUUUCUGAGUGGAGCAUCACACAGAUGGUGAGUGAUCUGAGCCAGGUCACUGUGCACCUCAUGGCCUCCACCUGCGACGAGAACGCUGACCACCGUCUGGAUACCCUGGUGAAGAAAACUCACCUGCUGAGCCUGUCUUCCCUCACGUACCAACGGCACAGCAACCGCACAGCUGAGGAGGAGCUGCCCCUGCGGGAUGGGGACGAUGGUUUCCAUACACACCAGCUGCACCUGGUGGACCUGCGAGCAUCCUGGACCACCACAAACCGGGACAUUGCCUUUGGUCUGUAUGAUGGCUACAAGAAAGCGGCUGUGCUCAAGCGCAAUCUGUCCACCGAGGCUCUGAAGGGGUUGAAGAUUGACACACAGCUGCAGGCCAAGAAGCUGAAGCGAGGCCCCCUCUCUGCUCACUCUGUCCCUGCCAAAGUGACUGCUCCCAUCACCAGCGGCCGUCCUGAGAGAGCUUCCUCUGGAGGAGCCUACAUGUUGCAGAAGCUCAUUGAGGAGACAGAUAAGUUUGUGGUCUUCACAGAGGAGGAAUCAGGAGCUAGUGAGCAGCUGUGUGGCAUCGCUGCCUGCCAGACUGAUGACAUCUACAACCGCAACUGCCUCAUUGAGCUGGUCAACUGCCAGAUGGUGCUGCGUGGUGCGGAGACAGAGGGCUGUGUGAUUGUGUCUGCUGCAAAGGCUCAACUGCUGCAGUGCCAGCACCACCCUGCCUGGUAUGGGGACACACUGAAGCAGAAGACAUCUUGGACGUGCUUGCUGGAUGGCAUGCAGUACUUUGCCACAACAGAAAGCAGCCCCACAGAGAGGGAGCAUGGGCAGCUCUGGCUGGAGGUGAAGAAUAUUGAGGAGCAUCGGCAGCGGAGCCUGGACUCAGUGCAGGAGCUGAUGGAGAGUGGGCAGGCAGUGGGUGGCAUGGUCAGCACCACCACAGACUGGAACCAGCCCUCAGAAGCCCAGCAGACCCAGCAGGUGCAGAGGAUCAUCUCUCGCUGCAGCUGCAGGAUGUACUAUAUCAGCUACAGCCAUGACAUUGACCCUGAGCUGGCCACACAGAUAAAGCCCCCCGAGACUCCUGCUAACCAGGAGAAGGAGGAUCUGCUAAAGAAGCAGGAGGGAGCUGUGGACACAUUCACACUCAUCCACCACGACCUGGAGAUCUCCACAAACCCUGCACAGUAUGCAAUGAUCCUUGACAUAGUUAACAACCUGCUGCUGCACGUGGAGCCCAAACGCAAGGAGCACAGUGAGAAGAAGCAGCGGGUGCGCUUCCAGUUGGAAAUCUCCAGCAACCCUGAGGAGCAGCGCAGCAGUAUCCUACACCUGCAGGAAGCUGUGAGGCAGCACGUCGCACAGAUUCGGCAGCUGGAGAAGCAGAUGUACUCCAACGUGAAGUCCCUGCAGGAUGACAGCAAAAACGAGAGCCUGCUCGACCUCAACCACAAGCUACAGCAGCAGCUGAGCCAGGAGAAAGCUGACCUGCAGCUGGAGAGCGAGGAGCUGAACAUCCUGAUCAGGUGCUUCAAGGACUUCCAGCUGCAGCGAGCCAACAAGAUGGAGCUGCGAAAGCAGCCGGAAGACGUGAGCGUGGCACGGCGGACUGAGUUCUACUUUGCCCAGGCACGCUGGCGCCUGACGGAGGAGGAUGGGCAGCUGGGCAUAGCUGAGCUGGAGCUGCAGCGCUUCCUCUACAGCAAGGUCAACAAGUCUGAUGACACUGCUGAGCAUCUGCUGGAGCUGGGCUGGGUCACGAUGAACAACCUCCUGCCCAACGCUGUGUACAAGGUGGUGCUGCGUCCCCAGAGCUCCUGCCAGUCCGGCCGCCAGCUGGCACUGAGGAUCUUCAGCAAAGUCCGGCCGCCUGUGGGAGGCAUCUCCAUCAAGGAGCACUUUGAGGUGAACGUGGUCCCACUCACCAUCCAGCUCACCCACCAGUUCUUCCAUAGGAUGAUGGGUUUCUUCUUCCCUGGACGCAACGUGGAGGAGGAGGAGGUGGGGGAUGAGGAAGACAAGUCCAAGCUGGUGACAACGGGGAUACCUGUGGUGAAGCCACGGCAGCUGAUUGGGGCUGAUGACUCGCUGGGCCCAGGGAAGGGGGUCACUCAGGGACUGAAUCGCACCUCAGGGGUCAGGAGAUCAUUCCGAAAAGCACCCGAGCAUCCCGUGGAUGACAUCGACAAGAUGAAGGAGCGCGCGGCCAUGAACAACUCCUUCAUCUACAUCAAGAUCCCCCAGGUGCCACUGUGUGUCAGCUACAAGGGCGAGAAGAACAGCGUGGACUGGGGUGACCUGAACCUGGUGCUGCCUUGCCUGGAGUACCACAACAAUACCUGGACGUGGCUGGACUUUGCCAUGGCGGUGAAGAGGGACAGCCGCAAAGCCUUGGUGGCACAGGUGAUCAAAGAGAAGCUGCGCCUGAAGCCUGCAGCGGGUGCAGAGACACGGGGGAAGCUGGAGAACAAAUCAGAUGGGACCAUCCAGCAGCAGGAGGAGGACGAGAAGGCACGUCUGCUCAUCGGGCUGAGCGUGGGCGAGAAGAACCCCAGCAAGAAGUCCAUCUUUGGGAGGCGCAAAUGAUGGCAGCACCCGGCAGGCCGGGAAGGGACUGGGGUCCCCUGUGCUCCUCAUAGCAAAGGGGCAGCCCUAUAGCAGUGAGGGGACCACGCUGCUGAUGCCUGAGGCGGGGGGCAACCCCAUUGCUGUGGGGCCUGGAAGCAGCCGUGCUGCGGGGCUGCUUUGUGGAGUGUAGCCCCCCCCCUGUGCCAAAGGUCCUGUAGGUCCUUGCUGCAUGGCUGCUGGCCCCAGGGCCUGGUGAAGCAGCAGGAUCGCUCCAGGCUGGGAGAAAGGGGAACAGGAGAGAGUUUAAAUAAGAGUUUUUAAUUUGGAACA